AAUUUUCUGCUCAUUAUUUCAGUAAAGACAGUUGGUUGGUUUUAGAAAUUUUGGUUAUUUUUUGAAUUGCAGCUAUACUAAAGUCGGAUCUUUUUGAAUUUCACAAAAAUUUUGUAAUUGAUCGUUUUUUCAUUUCCUGUGUCAAAGUUGAAGAGCUUAUCAUUUUAUUUAUUGAACGGAUCACGACAAAUAUUAAUUAAAAUUAUUUUGGUCGACUUCUUAUUUACUUAUUUUUCCCUUAGUUUUAUCAAAUUAUGAAAACUUUAACUUUUCCUCCCACUACAGACAGUUUUGAAGUCUGAUUAUUAUAUAGAAGCUUAAACACAAUAAAAUGAUCCAUAACUCAUAGUGACCACAAUGAAGUCAACACUUGUUUUAUUUUUUUACUUUUACUUAUCUGCAGCUGAAGAAACCGCGAUCCAAGAAUUUACAAAUGCAAACAAUCAAUUUACUUCAUCAGUUUACAAGCAAUUGAGCAAAUCCGAAAAGGGCAAUUUCCUGCUAAGUCCCUUCUCCGCUGAAACAGUCCUCGCUUUUGCCCAAUCUGGAUGUAAAGGAGACUCAGCAGAAGAAUUGCGCAACGGUUUACAUCUCCCAGACAAAACCAAAGUAGAAUCAGCACUAAAAUCACUGUUACCGAAAGUCAAAGGCAAUGAUCUCUACACUCUCCAUACAGCAAAUAAAAUGUACGUCAAAAAUAAUUUCCCGUUGAAAGAAGAGUUCAAAAAAGCUGCAACUGAAGUGUUCCAAGCCGAUUCCGAAAAUAUCGACUUUCUCAAAAAUACUGAAGCUGCAAAAACUAUGAACGGCUGGGUGGAAGAACACACUAACAGCAAAAUCAAAAAUUUGAUCAAUUCGGAUGAUUUGAACCAGAAUACUCGAGCAGUUUUGAUAAAUGCUUUGUAUUUCAAAGCCAACUGGUCACUUCAGUUUCCAUUACCUGAAACCUACAAAAAUAAAUUCUAUAAAACUACUUCCGAUUCGAUUGAAGUCGAUAUGAUGCAUCAUUAUGAAGAACACUUUAAUUAUUACGAAUGUCCACAUUUAAAAGCCAAAUUUUUGGAAUUACCGUUUCAAGGGGGUGAAGCCUCGAUGAUUUUCGUGCUUCCGAACGAAAAAGAUGGACUUGAAAGUCUUGAAAAUCAGUUAGAAUCAGUUUUUGUGCCUCAACACCACUUGGAACGAACACUUGUAAAUGUGGUCCUGCCUAAAUUCCGAAUUGAGAGUUUAAUCAAUUUUGUUGAAAUUUUAAAAAAAUUGGGUGUUAAAAAAGUGUUUGAUGAAAAAGAAGCCGAUUUGAGUGGAAUUGCAGGUGAAAAAGGAGAUUUGGUGAUCGAUAAAAUUGCCCAAAAAACUUAUAUUGACCUAGGCGAAGGAGGGGUUGAAGCAGCUGCUGCUACUUAUGUCAUUACAGCUUUUCCUUCCUCUGCUCUUUUGGAACAACCCAAACCCAAAAUUUUCAUAGCUGAUCAUCCCUUUAUCUUCUACAUAAAAGUUAAGGAUCUUAUCCUGUUUGCUGGAAGAGUUACUAAUCCUUUUUGUUACUGGUUAGACUCAGGGCCGCCACAAGCGGGGGUGCAGGGCGUGCGACUGACUACAAUGAAGUCAACACUUGUUUUAUUUUUUUACUUUUACUUAUCUGCAGCUGAAGAAACCGCAAUCCAAGAAUUUACAAAUGCAAACAAUCAAUUUACUUCAUCAGUUUACAAGCAAUUGAGCAAAUCCGAAAAUGGCAAUUUCCUGCUAAGUCCCUUCUCCGCUGAAACAGUCCUCGCUUUUGCCCAAUCUGGAUGUAAAGGAGACUCAGCAGAAGAAUUACGCAACGGUUUACAUCUCCCAGACAAAACCAAAGUAGAAUCAGCACUAAAAUCACUGUUACCGAAAGUCAAAGGCAAUGAUCUCUACACUCUCCAUACAGCAAACAAAAUGUACGUCAAAAAUGAUUUCCCGCUGAAAGAAGAGUUCAAAAAAGCUGCAACUGAAGUGUUCCAAGCCGAUUCCGAAAAUAUCGACUUUCUCAAAAAUACUGAAGCUGCAAAAACRAUGAACGGCUGGGUGGAAGAACACACUAACAGCAAAAUCAAAAAUUUGAUCAAUCCGAGUUUUUUGGACAACCGCACGAGAGUAGUUCUAAUAAAUGCUCUAUUUUUCAAAGCCAACUGGUCACUUCCGUUCCAAUUAAGUCUAACCCGGAAAGACAAAUUCUAUAAAACAGCAUCCGGUUCGAUUGAAGUCGAUAUGAUGCAUCAUUUUCAAGAACACUUCAAUUACUACGAAUGUCCACAUUUGAAAGCCCAAUUUUUAGAAUUACCAUUCAAGGGGAAUGAAGCCUCUAUGGUUUUCGUGCUUCCAAACGAAAAAGAUGGACUUGCAAGACUUGAAAAUCAGUUAGAAUCAGUUUUUGUGCCUCAACACCAGCUCGAAAAAACAUUCCUAAAUGUUGUCAUACCCAAAUUUCGAAUUAAGAGUGAAAUCGAUUUCAAGAGUAUUUUAGAAAAGUUAGGGGUUACUAAAGUAUUUCUUGAAGACAAAGCAGACUUGAGUGGUAUUGCUGGUAAAAAAGGCGAUUUGGUAAUUAAUAAAGUCGUUCAGAAAGAUUUUAUUGAUGUGAGUGAAGAGGGUGUUGAAGCAGCUGCCGCGACUUAUGUUUUAAUUAGUGUCCCGUUUUCGGCUCCAAUCGCACAACCGAAAAAUUUUAUAGCCGAUCAUCCAUUUAUUUUUUACAUCAAGAUUAAAGAUUUGAUUGUGUUUGCAGGAAGAGUGAACGAACCUAAAGUCUAAAAAUGUUUUUUUCCGUACAAAAUUGAUAAAUAAACUAUCACUAAAA